AUUUUUGCAUAUAUGUCCAUUAUGGAAUUUAGCCUGUAAUUAUCUUUAUGUGCUGGGUCAUUAUGUGGUUUGGGUAUAAUGGUAAUGGAGACCUCAUAGAAAAAAUUGAUCAGUGUUCUUUCUAUUUUGUGGACUAAUUUGUAGAGUAUAGGCAUUAACUUGUCUUUGAAAUUCAGAUAGAAUUCUGCACAAAGAACAUCUGAUCCUGGGUGGAUUUUGGUUGAGAAAAUUUUAAUGACUGCUUCUAUUUCACUAGGAAUAAUAAGUUUGUUCAAAAUGCACAUAUUAUCUUGAUUUAGCUUCACUACGUGGUACCUAUCAAGAAAACUAUCCAUUUCUUUUAGACUUUCAAAUUUAGUGGAGUGAAGGGAUUUUAAAGUAUGUUCUUAUGAUUCUAAGAAUUUCCUUAGAAUUUAUUAUGUCAAGUGGGUACUAAAGACUUCCAUGGCAAUAAUUCCAGGAAGAAAAAAUGUGGAAAGUAGAUAAUAAAUUCUGCAGAAUUGUUUUGUUUGCCUUUCAAGAGGAAUGUGAUUUUAUGCCUAAUAUGAAAUAUCUCCACAACAAAACUUUAAUUUUAUAUUUGAUCAGCUGAUAUACAGAAGACCCCUGCUUCAAAGAUACUGAUAAAAUGAAUGUUUUCUAGGGCUAUUAUGUCCAGCAUAAUGCAAGGAGAUAUAACAUUUUUUCCAAUAAAGGACAGGUAAGUAGGUGAUGGUGGUGAGAUGCUGAAGGAGCUGAGUCAGUAUGUAGAUCUCUGGAUUUAUUGACUACCCCCACAGAAACCCAUAAAGUAUUUACUUUUCAUCUGGAAAAAUCUGUGAUAAGCAGGCUCUCAAAUGCAUAAAAGGCAGUGGAGGCUGAGCUGGGGCAGUCCUAAAGGCACCAUGGCAAGGCUCAUUCUUGUCACAGGUGAGUUGGUAAUCAGACUUAGAGCCUCAGUCUUGCCUAUUUUUUGCCUCAAAAUCUGACAACCAAGGAGCAUAUUUCAUAGUACAGUAUUAUUAUGAUAAAAUUUAUUGUAUUUUCUUAUUUAUUUUCUCUUCUUCUUUAACCAGGAUUUCGCAUGAUCUUCCACCAUGGGCUAUUGUGACACUUCUUCUUUGAUGUCAAUGCCACGGCCUAGCAGAAAGUCUCAUUCAUGUGCAAUGCACAUGCUCUUUUCUCCUUGGUGCAAGCCAGUCAUUCUGCUGCUCCUCUUGGUUUACCUCUUGCCUGACUUUGGAGUUGUGCUUAUGAAUCUGAUAGUGUCUUGAAACUAGAGUUCUACAGAGAUGAAAAUGAUUGGGAAGAGCUAGACCUAGCCAUGUGUUCUUUGCCCCUUACAUUGGAGAAUGUUUUUUCUCAUUUGUCCUUGAACAUGCUGUAGUUUUGGUGAAUUAAAGUGCAAGUUUUAUGAAUUGGGGCCUUCAAAGAGAUUGUGUCAGUAGUUGUUUAUGCCAUUUCAUUGAAAAUCUACCAACUGCUCUAAAUUUGCUAAAAUACUGAAUAUAUUCAAAUGACCCUAAGCUCAAUGUGUAAGAGAUUUAGAGUACAAGUGGUCUGAUGGCAUGGUGAUGUCAGAUGUCUACCAUUCAUCUAUCAGGAGUUAGGAGGUUCAAUGGUGAAGGAAAGUCUGAGCUAAUAGUGAGAUUGCCAGUUAAAAGCCAAAAACAAAAGAAAAGGUGAAACCCACUUUAAAAAAUCCAAAUACUGCUUUUGAAGCCCAUAAUAGAUAUGUGGCUCCUCGCAUCAUAUUAACUGUGGGGAAAAACCUUCAAAGAUAACUCAGAAAAACACAUCUAGAGGGGGUAUUGAUUGAUGCUUGAGUAUAUACCUCAAGUGUUGGAAGUCUGGGAUCACAAGGGCUCUGACAGCCAGGUAUUUCUGAAUGUUAGUCACAGAAAAGAACCAAUUUGUAAAAUUUUUAGUGCAUGUUGCUAGUGUAGACAGUUGAUUUCUGAAAAUAAUUAUCCUCAAUUAUGACACAGAAGGAGAAACAGGAGUGUCUUUACAUGUUUUCUGAAUUCAUAAAGAGUAGAGGGAAAUGUAUGUAUGGUAAUUGAAAAGGUCGCCCUUGGUACAUAUGUGAAGAUUUAUUUAUUUAAUAUUGAUCAACUUCUAGUAGAAUUGCCCAGACUCCUCAGAAAUGCUAAGGAUUCUAACAGCUACCCCUAAGUCCAUGUUUGUUCUCCCUCUGUAGAUCUGACACUUCUGCUGAAUGCCCAGCUGGGUUUUUCCUACCAGCUGAUGUGCUACUACAACAAUGUGGCCCAGGACAGGCCAGGACUGGGAAGUUUCAGUGUUGGUGAUAUUGACCCUUGUUUGUGUUCUCACCUCAUCUAUGCCUUUGCAGAGAUUCAGAACAACAGAAUCACACAAAGAAGAAUGGGUGACUUGACUGACUACCAAAUUUUACAUACCCUGAAAAACAGGAACAAUGAGUUGAUAACUCUCUUGGCUGUUGGAGGCAGUAAUACUGGAUCUGCCCCUUUUUCAUACAUGGUGUCCACUCCUGAGUUCCGCAAGACUUUCAUCAAGUCAGUUAUUGACUUCCUACGCCACUACGGAUUUGAUGGGCUGAACUUGGACUGGCAAUAUCCAGGGUCUCCUGGAAGCCAUGCUGAGGACAAGCAUCUCUUCACUGUCCUGGUGCAGGAAAUGUUUGAAGCUUUUCGGCAAGAAUCCCUGCAAAGCAAGAAGCCAAGGCUGAUGGUCACUGCUACAGUAGCUGGUAUCAUUUCCACCAUUGAGUCUGCAUAUGAAAUACCCCAGCUAUCCCAGUUCUUGGACUACAUCCUGGUCAUGACCUACAAUCUUCAUGACUAUAAGGAGAGAUACACUGGAGAAAACAGUCCUCUCUACAAAUCCCCAACUGACACUGGCACCAAUGCCUUCAUUAAUAUGGAUUACAUCAUGAAGUACUGGGUGAAAAAUGGAGCUGCAGCUGAGAAGCUUAUUGCUGGAUUCGCAACAUAUGCACAAACCUUCUAUCUGACUGACCCCUCUAACAAUGGAAUUGGUGCCCCAACCUCAAGCCCUGGCCCUGAAGGUCCCUACACACAGGAAUCUGGGAUCUUCACCUACUAUGAGGUUUGUACCGUCCUCACAAGAGGAGCCAUUCAGAUCUGGGAUGGCUCUCAGAAAGUUCCCUAUGCCUACCAAGGGAAUGAGUGGGUUGGCUAUGACACUGUUAAGAGCUUUCUUAUCAAGGCCCAGUGGCUUCAGCAGAACAAUUUUGGAGGUGCCAUGAUCUGGACCCUUGGCAUGGAUGACUUCACUGGCUCUUUCUGUAACCAGGGAAAGUUCCCUCUGACCUCUACAGUGAAGGAAGUCCUCAAGGUGACCAGCGCAAGUUGCAUGGUCUCAACUUCAGACCUUCAUCAGGUAAAUGCUCCACUAGACAGUGGGAGUGGAAAUCAGAAGAACACAACUGAGCCAGUGGAUUCUCUGCCUUCUGUGCCAAGAGAAUAAUAAAGAUGCCUUCCUGUACUGCUUGAAUGCAAUCUAAUCCCUGCACAAAUCUUAAGUGGACCCUGUCCUCAAUCCACCUGUGAUGAGGGGACAUGGCAUGAGCUUGGCCUUUCAGCUUUUCUCAUUACUCUGAACAGAACAGUCACCUUUGCUUUCUGCAAAGCUCCCUUGCUCUUCCCUAAAUUACUAAA